UGCUUCUCUGAAAGUCUUCUUCACCAUGUCCACACAAACCAUCACCGUAGUUGGCCAGGCCCCGGAGCCUCAAGCCGCAUAUCCUCGUGAACCUCUUCAACUGAAGGGAGUUCUGGACCAGUUUAAAUCCUUUGAUGUCACGCCUGUCAUCGGCCGUGAGUUCGUGGACGUUAACCUGAAGGAUUGGCUGCGUGCACCCAACUCGGACGAUCUGAUUCGUGACCUGGCAAUUACGAUCUCUCAACGCGGCGUUGUGUUCUUCCGAAAGCAGGAUGACCUCGAUAACGAUCUUCAGAAGGAACUGGCUCAUCGCCUGGGCCAGUUGGCGGGCAAGCCUGAAAGCUCCAAGCUCCACAUUCACCCUGUCAGCAACUCAGGGCGCCGUUUGGGAGGUAAUGACGAUGAGAUUAGUGUCAUUAGUUCUGAGCAGGCCAAGGAAAUUUACAAGUCUCGGUUCUUCAAUCUCUCAGGAAAAAGGCAGAGCGCCAAGGAGGGAUGGCACAGCGAUAUCACCUUCGAGCCGGUACCAAGUGAUUAUGCUCUCUUAAGGUUGACUGAAUUGCCAAAGACCGGAGGAGAUACCCUCUGGGCAUCAGGCUAUGAGCUGUAUGAUCGCCUGUCCGAGCCAUACCAGAAGUUCUUCGAGGGCUUGACGGCGACAUAUUCCCAGCCUGGUUUCGCUGCUGCUGCCAAGGAAAACGGGUUUGAGCUCUACAGCGAGCCUCGUGGAAGUCCAGAAAAUGUGGGGUCCGAUCUGACGGCUCAACAUCCCGUCAUUCGAACCAAUCCUGUCACGGGAUGGAAGUCCGUAUUUGCUGUUGGCCAUCACGUCCAACAGAUCAAUGGCCUCACGCCGGAAGAAAGCAGGCGCGCUUUGGACUGGUUCGUCCAGCUCAUUGUCGAGAACCAUGACUUGCAGGUUCGUCACCGGUGGCAAAACGUGAAUGAUCUGGCCAUAUGGGACAAUCGGAGUGUGUACCAUACUGCCACCUUUGAUUACCACGGGUUGGGACCGAGGACAGGACAGCGAGCAGUCAGCCUUGGUGAAAGGCCUUAUUUGGACCCGAACAGCAAGUCUCGUCGGGAGGCAUUGGGUCUGAAGCAAGACUGAGAACAAUCCAUGUGCCUUGGAAGAAGUAC